AAUAAGGUCUAGGGUUUUCAAUUUCUGGCAGUGCUUAUCAUCAUCAGCUCUUUAUUCUUUCUUAAAAGAAUUUUCAAGCCUUCUUUUUCUUUCCUCUUUGGUGAGGUAAGAGAGAUAAAACUGAAACAUCAACAAGUCAUUUCUAAAUUUAACAACCUCUAGAUAUUGAACAAGCGAAGUUUCAUAGUCACUUGCUGUUUCUUGAGAUCAUUCUCAUAUUCUUCAAUUCAUCAUAUGAUGAUUAAGGAAGACAGCUAAGAAAAUUAAGAUGAUGAAGAGAAGUGAUAGUUUUCAUGGCUCUAAGUCAAGCUAUUCUUGCAAGAAAGUCAGCCAAGAUGAUGAGGCUGAUGAGGAAGCUGACAAAAGUUGCAGCUGCAAGCCAAGAAAUGAUGGAGACACCACAAGCAAUAGCUCAGAUGAAGAAAGUGAUAAGAAGGAAGGAGCUAGUAGAUCUGUCCGGCAAUAUAUCCGUUCGAAAAUGCCAAGACUCCGGUGGACGCCCGAUCUCCAUCUUUGUUUUGUUCAUGCAGUUGAAAGACUAGGAGGGCAAGAGAAAGCAACACCAAAGCUGGUUCUUCAAUUGAUGAACAUCAAAGGCCUGAGCAUAGCUCAUGUGAAAAGCCAUCUUCAGAUGUAUAGAAGCAAGAAGCUUGAUGAUGCUAAUCAAGGGCAAAGGCUUUUAUUUGAAGGAGGUGCUCAUAAUAUCUUCAAACUUAGCCAGCUUCCCAUGCUACAAGGUUUCAAUCAAAGGAAUUUUACCAGUUUAAGAUUUGGAGAUGCUCCGUGGAGAGGUCUUGAUCACCACCAGAUUUAUGGCUCUUUCAUGAAACAUCACAAUUCACUUGAUUAUGAUUCAAACAUCAUUAAUAUCAAAUCUUCUUCUUUCAAUGGACAAAACAUCAUCAAUGGAACCCAUCAACCACUCGAGUCGAUUCACAGAUCCUGGAAGAUGGGAAGUUCAAAGCCAAGCUCAUUGGAUUUCAAGUACAUCAAGUUGCAAGAAAGAGAAGCAGAUGUAACAGAAGCAGAAAAAGAAGAAGAAGAAGAAGAAGAAGAAGAAGAUUGUUUCAAGAACCACAACAAAAAUUGGAGAACAAUUCAAGAAACAGGAAACAUGCUAAAAAGGAAGAAUUUGGAUGCAGAUUGCAACUUGGAUUUGAACUUAUCCCUCAAAGUAACAUUACAAGAUGGAAUUGAGAAUGGCUUGAAGAGUGAUCGUUGUGAUAAUGAAGUUAAUAGUAGUUUAUCUCUUUCAUUAUCUUCAUCAUCUUCUUCGAAGCCUAGCGGAUUAAAGCAGGAAGAUGAUGAAGAUGGAAGUAGGAAACAUGCAAGAAGGGCAAGUACUCUAGGUCUGACUCUAUGAAUGAGACAAAAUUCUAAGUGAGAUCUUGAGGUACUUGUCCAGAAACAAUGCUCAAAAAAUGAUGGAUCAUGUCGUAUUUGUAUCAGAACAUUACAAGAGGUAAUUAUUAGUCAAUUAUAUAAUUUUUUUUAUCUUUUAUUUUUUUGGUUUCUUGUGUAGGUUUCAGUUUUGGUGAAUUUAUUUUUAGCAUUACAAAAUAUGCACAUUGGGUUCUGGGUAUUUAUAAUAUUUAGGGCUUUCUUGAUCUUGGAAAGUCAUGCAUGGAUCCUCAGUAGCUAGAGAAUUCAGGAUCUUGAAAUAAUAAAUCAAACAUAUAUUUCUUUAUAUGUAAUCUUAUAGAUAUACUGGACAAAUGUUCCUUGAAAAUUUGCUAUUUAAAUUGGGUUUUAUCCAGAGAACAUGUACAGGAGAUUAAU